AUGCUUUUGUGAACCACGACUUUACAUAUUCAGCCAGCUGCUGUGUCCACAAGAGUAUUCCUGUUAAUUUUUGUAUUUUUCAAGAUGAGUCACAGUAAAUUAAUUCCCAAGCUCUCUAUUCAAUCUCCUGUUCAUCACACCAACUUAAAGGUCCAGUCCACAGAGCCACCUUUUAAGAAAGAAGACUUACAUUUAAUUUCAAAAGACUCCUUAGAAUCUGGGUCAGAAAGCCUCACUCAGGAGAUUAAGUGCCAGUCUGAACUUGAAGACCGAAUGCAGGACAAUGAUAUGGAGCCUGACAGCUUGGAGGAGGACAGCCUGAGUGAGACAGAAGAGGAAGCAAGCCGAAAAGCAGCUCAGGUGGCCAGCAAGGAGAACCUCUAUACCCGAAAUGCUGGUGCGAAUAACAGCCAACAACGCACAGAAGACAAAUACUCAGACCUCCGAUAUGACCCAAACUGGAAGAGUAAGAACAAGGAGGGAAGGUUGCUGGCAGUGGAAGCAUCGCCAGAGUCUGCAGGCAGCUCAAUGGAAAAUAUGACUCUGCGUCCCCUCUACCCUUCCAAGGAGGCUUCGAUGGAACUCUCAGGGGGGAACGGGGAACAGAAAAAGAGCCCACAGAGCACAGCCUCCUUACUUGGGAGUGAAUUCGUAAGCCCAAACUACGAGCGUGUCGCCCAUCACCGCAGCGAGCUGUUUUCGGAGGGGAGUGACAGUGACCAGCAGGAGAAGUCCAGCGACCUCUCUCGAUACUUGAAGAGUUCGAGUUCACACAGUGAGGUGUUCCUGCCAGGAUCCCGGGGCCCUCGGCGAAAGAAGUCCAGACAAUACUUCGUGGAAAAAAACAAGCUGACAUUGGGGUUACCCACUCCAAAAAUGGACUCCUAUCUUCAACUUCACCAUAAAAAAAGGGGGGACACUCACCCAGAACAGAUCUCCUACCCCAUCAGAGUAACUGACAAGACGCCUAUUCAGAACGCCAAAGAGACUGGAAAUGCGGCUAUCGACCCUGAAGACAAAUGGCAUCAAAGAGCCCAACAGCUAAAGGAUUACCAGGAACACUGGUCUCAAUAUGAAAGUGCAAAAUCAAGCAGUGGACCAAGAGGUCAACCUUCUGAAACCACCAAUGGCCAGCAGCCCUCCAGAAGACCAGCCAAGCACAAGGUUCGAAAACAGCAUAAGCACCGGCAUGGCCCGAAGUCUUUGGUGACUGAAGAGCUGGCUGUCAGUCAAGGAAACCAAAAUAACAUUCCCAGACAGCAGCAAAAGCACAAUGAGCCUAUCGAUGCUUCCGUAAAACAUGAAACAGUUGUGGUUAUGAAUGCCCCGGAUAAUGAUGUCCAGCACUCAAGGGUACUGAGAAGCCAGGGUCCCGCAGUAACCUCCAAUAAAUUUGCUCCCCCACAGCAGGCCUUUGACAAGGUAUUAUAUAAAAAUUCCACCGGAUAUCACGCAGUGGUGAAUAUUAAUAGAGAAAGAGGACACAAAGAUCAAGAAGAGAAAAGAUUUUAUCAGCAGCUACACUUCAACACUCUUUCCAAUACGGACUUGAACUACCUUCAUGAACUUGCUGAGAAACAAGUGUCCUUUAGCCAGAAAGGCUUUCAAUCCAUUUCUAAUGUGAAUGUUAAUGGAUCAACUGAUAAGAAGAAGCAACCCAAACAGACUUACACAGAAACAAAAUAUAAGAACUUAGAAAUAUUAUGGAAAUUCCACUCUUCCUCUGACAGCCAACCUAUUAGAGCAUCUCCCGACUCCCGGCUCGCCCAGAUAAUGGAGCAGCAUCAGCAAGCCCUCAUGCAGCUGACCGAGGUGCAGCCCCACGAAGGAGCCUUACCGGGAGUCACUCUUCCACCCAUAUUGUCAAGGGUGGAAAGUGAAUCCCAACUCAGUUCAGAGAAAAGCCAAAGAAACCAAGUGAAAAUUAGCCGGAGCAAUUCUGAAGGCUCUCUGUUUCAACUGGAAAAUGGGGGAAAGCACAGGAAAAGAAGUGGCCCUAAGAGUUGCAAGCUGAAAGGUUAUCCGCACAGAGACAUGAAGCUUGGAGGCCUUGGACCUGACCUUGAGUCCAUCAGAGACAAGAUGCAGAAAUUAACUCAGCAAAAGGAAUAUGCAAAACAAGUGAAAGAGCACAACAUGAAGACGCUAUCCCUCCUGUCAAAGCCACAAACAGCAAAAACGGAAAAUAAAUCUGCCGUCCCUCGGCAAAAGGCUUUGGAAUAUGCCAAGACCAUCCCCAAACCCAAACCUUCAAAUCUGAGUGAUCAAACCUCAAAGGAAAAGAAAAAUCCAACCCACGCUGGAAAAGAAGACCCUUUACCUGAAAUCUCACUGCUGGAAAUACUGCAGAAUAGACACGAAAGGGAAAAACAGGCUGUGGCUGCUUUCAAAGUCCUGCAUAUUGUAUAGACUGACACGUGUCAGAGACGAGAGUCACCCCAGGGAAUGGGCACAGAGAAGAGAAACUCCAGCCUGUGGCCCUGCAUUGAGACGGAUGACCUGGUAUCAGCACCUAAGUGCAGUCCAUCUAUGCCUCAUACAGGAUUUAAAAUAUGGAAAGGCCACAUUUGACUUUCCAGGAAGAAAAACUAUUUUAAUUAUUUAUUUUCAAAUCAGUUAAAAUUGGGGCUGAAUAUGAACUAAGGAACGAAAGCCUUGUGGUUUUA